AUGGCAGACUCCCAAAUGGAAGAUGAUAUCACGCUGGAGACGCCCGCAGCAGAAGUAUUCAUCGCUCCAUCCAUAAAUCCAUCCCUCCUCUUCGACGGCGCAUCCUACACACACUUCUCACCCGUUCCACCGUCUCUCCUCCCACCACCCUCAUCCCCCUCAGAACCCACAUCAGAAAAAGCAGAGCCCGGCCCUCCCUGCGCUCUCGGCGUCGACGAAGCUGGCCGCGGUCCAGUCCUGGGUCCUAUGGUCUAUGGACUCUUCUACCUACCCCUCCCACUGUCCGACCCCCUCCUACGCAACACCCACCACUUCGACGACAGCAAAGUUCUCACCCCCAACGUGCGCUCCUCCCUCAUGGAGAAACUCUGCACUCCAGACACAGACCUCCACACACAAUGCGGCUGGGCCGUCGAAGUCAUGUCCGCGCGCGACAUCGGCGCAAACAUGAUGAAGCCCUCGGCGACCUACAAUCUCAACGCACAAGCAAUGGAUGCGACGAUUUCAUUAAUCAAAGGAGUGUAUGAGCGUGGCGUUAACGUGAAGGAGAUUUAUAUCGAUACGAUUGGACAGCCUGCACCGUAUCAGAAGAGGUUGGAGAGGGUGUUUCCCACCGCGAAGGUUACGGUUGCGAAGAAGGCGGAUAGCUUGUACCCGUGUGUGAGCGCGGCGAGUGUUUGUGCGAAGGUCACGAGGGAUGCGUGUUUGGAGGUCUUGUAUGAGAGCUAUGCUGAGAAUGAGGAGGAGGGCGGUGAAGAUGAGGAGAUGUCGGGGACGAAGUCGGCGAAAGCUGCAGAAGAAGCUUCAUGGGGUUCUGGAUAUCCUUCAGAUGCACGCUGUACGUCCUGGCUGAAACGGAAUAUGGAUCCUGUAUUUGGGUGGGGCCCAGAGUGUCGAUUUAGUUGGGGGACGGCGAAAGAUAUGUUAGAUGCUAAAGGUGCGGCGGCCAAGGUGGAUUGGCCGGUUGAUGAGGAUGAUGAGACGAGUCGUUUGACGGAUUAUUUUAGUGCAGGGAAGGAGAAAGAAGGGGGUGAUGAGCUGGGGCAUUGGUUUGGAGGGCCGGUCGGAGCGGAAGUCUUCUAA